UAAGAGUGCCUGCCUUCUACAAUAUAGGAUAAUGUAUACGACAUUACUCUUAUCAGCGGUGAUAGCGAUCGUAUCAUGUGGGAGACUUGAACCACAAUACCUUCCACCCCGGCCUGGUUCUGGGUUUGGUGGUGGCGCUGGGGCAGGAUCUGGUGGAGCAGGCAACGCCGGGCUCGGAGGCGGUUUCGGGGGUGGAUCUGGCGGCGGGUUUGGGGGCGGUUCUGGCUUGGGCGGCGGAUUCGGCGGAGGUUCGGGCGGAAGCGGAAAUUUUGGUGGUUCCGGCGGUGCCAACAUUCCAAUAGUAAAGUACGAAAACGUGAACAAUGGAGACGGAAAUUAUCGUUUUAGUUAUGAAACUGGUAACGGCAUCCAAGCUCAAGAGACAGGUUCACCAAGAGCCCAAGGUCCAGAAGGACCAGCUGUUACGGCCGAGGGGGGAUUCUCGUUCCGCACUCCUGAAGGACAGCAGAUCUCUCUUAGUUACACAGCUGAUGAGAACGGCUUCCAUCCAGUCGGUGACCACCUGCCUACUCCUCCUCCUAUCCCUGAAGCCAUCCUUCAAUCUAUUGAAUUCAACAAGCGCAACCCAUCUUCGGAAGGCGCAUAUAACGGCGGUUCUGGGAGCGGCUCCGGCGGCUUCGGAGGCUCUGGUAGUGGUUCUGGAGGAUUUGGGGGCUCUGGCAGUGGUUCUGGAGGCUUCGGCGGAUCUGGCAGUGGUUCUGGAGGGUUCGGUGGAUCUGGUAGUGGUACUGGAGGUUCCGGUGGAUUUGGUGGUUCCGGAACAGGAGGAUUCAAGGGAUCCGGUGGAGGAGGUUUUGGCUCCGGAAGCGGUGGUUUCGGCGGUUCGGGUUCAGGUUCCGGUGCCGGUGGUGCCGGUGGUGGAUACCACUAUUGAUCUCUCAGCAAGGAGUUCUACUAAGAGAAACGAUAAUAUAGUUAUUUAUGCGUAAUGUUUGUCGUGCUAUUUGAAAUGUUUUAAUUUAAAACUUUCUAUAGGAAUAUAAUCUACUUUUCUUUAAUAUCAUACUAUUUUCAGAUUUUUACUUUUAUCGUUAUGUUAUAGAACUUAGCGUAACUUGUUCUAUAACUUCUAGAAUUCCUUAGUGUGCAACAAUUUUGAAAACAGAAUGUGGUUAUAAAGAUUUCAAUUAGAUUUUAGCCCCUGGCUAAUAGUAAGCUAUAAUUAUCAUUUAGUAAGUUUUUCUUAGCAGGACUCUUAAUCAUUUGAAAUUGCUUAUUUAUGUUAAUCGUAUUAUGUUCUUUAUAUCUAAGCUCAGCUUGACGUAUAUCUUGCCUAGGACCUAAGAUUAGGAUCUAAGACUCUGACGUCAUUGAACCUAGGACUGUGAUACCACGAUAACGCAUUACACAAUAAGUUAAUACGUAUAAUAAUGAUGGUUUUAUGUAAAU